CAUAAAUGGAAAAUGUCACCUCUCACGCGUUAUUGAAAAAAAAUUCCCAGAUUCUAUAAAAAAGAGAAAUGCAAACAUUUGCUCCUGGAACAAGAGUCUACCACCUCAUCAUCAUCGUCUUCUUCUUCUUCUUCUGCUUAUCAUCGUUCUUCGCUUCAAUCGUCAUGGCUGAUGAAUAUACCGGAGAAGCAACGGGAUCGUCGGAAGCAAAGGUUCACAUCAUCUACACCGAGAAACCUACCGAUGAAGAACCUAAAACCUAUCAUCUCCGUACCCUUUCCUCUGCUCUCGGCAGUGAGGAAGCUGCAAAAGAUGCUUUGAUUUACAGUUACAAGGAAGCUGCUUCUGGUUUUUCAGCUAAGCUCACUCCUGAGCAAGUCGCUGAGAUAUCAAAACAACCAGGUGUGAUUCAAGUUGUGCCAAGCCAGACUUAUCAGCUGCACAAACCUGGUGGUGGUGGUGGUUUCAAGUUGACCUAACUUGACUUUGUGUAUUCUCUACUUCUCAACUAAACCUGUUGCUUUACAGAAACUAGUCUGUUGUUGUAUUGUUGUGACUUUGAACCAAGUAUCUAACUAAAAUAAUGUUAUGAAGUUGCUUUGAUUCGAGUUGUUCUGUGUUGUUGAGUAACUGAGUUUUUGUCAAUAUAUUAUUCUAAGAUAAAUGUUUCUUCUAGUUCCAAUUUCAGAUGGUUAAAUUCUGAAAAGAAACGAUCAUAAUAAAUCUAGAACCAAAAUAUUUCAUGGUC